AGGUCCAGGCUAACUGAUUUCUGCACCAACAGCCCCGGAGGAGCCCCCCAGAGGUCCGAUUCGUCUCUGCGUCCGACAUGGACACCUUUUUUCGUCGUCACUUUAAGAGGAAGGAAGCCCCCCUGCAGGUGGAGGCCCCCGCCUGCCGCCAGAGGAGGCCCAGCGUGGCCGUUCCAACCAGUAAGGCCCGUCGGAGGUCCAGCGUCGGCCUGCCCUCCUCCGCUCUGACCCGGAGGCGCCGCUCCAGCAUCCAGCUGCAGCCAGGACCCCCGAGCGCUGGCGGGGGCCGUCUGAUGAAGGCGUGCCAUCAUGACGGGGCGGGCCGCAGGCGCUCCAGCACCACCACCCCCAGUCUGAACCCGAGGUUCGCUGUGUGCCG